AUGGCGAUUCCGUAUUACGACUUUAUCGUAGUUGGAUGUGGAGGCAUCGGCAGUGGGGCGUUGUAUUGGUUGACUAGGCAAGGUGGAAACCGUGUCCUUGGGUUGGAGCAGUUUAAACUUGGACACGAAAAUGGGGGAUCGCACGACUACUCAAGAAAUAUUCGUAUGGAUUACACAGACGACGCAUACAUCGAUCUAUGCCGUGGGGCGUACUCGUCGUGGAACGAGGUUGAAAGGGAAUCGGGUGUACGGUUGGUCUACAAAACAGGCGGUGUCGACUUUACUGACGGGAGUCCUUCAGCAGAUCGGUAUCUCUGCGACAUUGAAGAGGCAAUGAAUAGACAUGGUGUAAGAUGUGAACGAAUGGACGGCGAUUUGCUUAGUAAACGAUUUCCUCAGUUUGUGACGAAGUCUAACUGCAGGGCCAUAUAUCUGCCGGAUAACGGUGUGAUCAAUUCGGCGCAUGCGAAUGCGGUUCACAUACAACUGGCAAGAAAACAUGGUGCUCACAUUCUGGAGGAAGUAAAAGUGACUGGCAUCAACAGGGAAGAAGGAGUUCCAUUGGUGCAAACUACCCAUGGAAACUUCCGAUGUCGUCGGGUAAUAGUGACGGCUGGGGCUUGGGCAAACGACGUGCUUGAAUCUGUAGGCGUGAAGGUCCCCCUACGCGUGACCCAAGAACAAGUUACGUAUUUCGACACACCGCAUAGGAAGGACUUCACAAAAGACAGAUUUCCUUGUUGGACCUACAUGUCGUCGGAUGGAGACGUAUUUUACGGCCUACCGGUUCAUGCUGUGAAGGGCCCCAAGGUUGCCAUGGACGCAGCAGGGGCUGAGGUCACGCCACAGACCCGCUCAUUCACUCCAAACCAGGAGAAUAUUGACAAAUGUAUCCGCAUGUGCCGGGAAUACAUACCCCGGUGUCUUGGCCCAAUUUUGAUGACGAAGACCUGCCUCUACGCUAUGACUCGUGACCGCCAUUUUGUUAUUGAUACCUGCCAUCGCUCUGGUUUCCCGGAUGUUAUUGUGUGCUAUGGUGCUGGCCAUGCAUUCAAGUAA